UGACAACAUCUCAUGCCCGGAGUUCACCGGCGCGCGCAUUUCUCAGUUGGAUCUACUGGAGGAUGAACUAAACUUUUUUUUGUGAAUCAAUGAUUAUCUUUUUAAAGGAAGACAUCCUUCGGAUCUAUGAACAAACUCAUGUGGAUUUGUAAAGCCCCUCUAAAGCAGAAGGAAUGCAUAUUUUAUUUGUUCACCUAACUUUAUUGUCGCUGAUAGCAUUUACGCGAGGCCAAAGAUGCCUAAUGCCCACAGAGAAGUGUUUGAACCAGGGGACAUGCGAGCGGACACCUGAUGGACUCAGUGAAUGCAAAUGCCGUGAUGGAUUUGUAGGGAGCAGAUGCCAGUUCCAUGACCCCUGCACCACUGCACCGUGCCUGAACGGAGGCACCUGUCAGGCCGUCUCCAAAGGCAACACUGUAGACUUCAGCUGCACCUGCAAACUGGGCUUUUCCGAACGCAGAUGCAUGACUCCAAUCAACAACAUUUGUAUUAAUUCACCCUGCCACAAUGGUGGCACCUGUGAGCUAGAGACUCUUCAAACUUACAAGUGCCGCUGCCCUCCCGGAUGGUCAGGUACAUUGUGUCAACACCGAGACCCCUGCGCCUCAAACCCAUGUGCCAAUGGUGGCCAGUGCUCUGCUAUAGAGUCCCACUACAUCUGCUUAUGCUCACCUUUCUUCUCUGGAAUGACCUGCAAGCAAGACAUUAAUGAAUGUGAUGCUACCCCACCCCCCUGCAAGAACGGAGGCGUGUGUAUAAAUGAGGUUGGCGGGUACCGAUGCCAGUGCCCCCUGGAGUACACCGGCAAACACUGCGAGACACGCUACUUCCCCUGCAGUCCCUCCCCGUGCCUCAAUGGAGGAACCUGUGUUCAGAAGGGAGACACCAGCUACGAGUGCUCAUGUGUUCCAGGUUUUACCGGGAAAAACUGCAACAUCAACAUCGACGACUGUCCAAAUCAUGAGUGUCAGAAUGGAGGCACCUGUGUAGAUGGAGUGAACACCUAUAACUGUCAGUGUAAACCAGAAUUUACAGGCCAGCUAUGUAACGAUGACGUUGAUGAAUGCCAGCUGAUGCCCAACGCCUGUCAAAAUGGCGGCACGUGCCACAACACCUUUGGCAGUUACCAGUGUGUGUGUGUAAACGGUUGGACUGGAGAUGACUGCAGUGAGAACAUAGACGACUGUGCCAGUGCAGCCUGCUUCCAUGGCUCCACCUGCCAUGACCGAGUGGCUUCUUUUGUCUGUGAAUGCCCUCCUGGACGCACAGGACUGCUGUGUCAAUUGGAUGACGCCUGCAUCAGCAACCCAUGCCAGAAGGGGUCUAACUGUGACACCAACCCUGUUAGUGGGGAUCACUUCUGCACUUGCCCUUUAGGCUACAUUGGAGCUUCAUGUGAUCAAGAUGUGGAUGAGUGCUCAUUGGGUCCCAAUCCUUGUGAACAUGCAGGGAAGUGUAUCAACACCAAAGGAUCAUUCCAGUGCAAAUGUAUGAUUGGUUAUGUGGGGCCCCGCUGUGAGCUGGACAUUAAUGAGUGCAUGUCAAACCCCUGUAAAAAUGAAGCCACUUGCCUGGAUCAAAUAGGAAACUUCCAGUGUAUCUGCAUGCCAGGUUACGAAGGGAAGUUCUGUGAAAUUGAUACUGAUGAGUGCGCCAGCAGUCCAUGCCUGAACAAUGGCAAAUGUAUCGACAAGAUCAACAAUUUUCUUUGCCAGUGCCCCACAGGCUUCACCGGAACCCACUGCCAGAGAGACAUCGAUGAGUGUGCCAGUACGCCUUGCAAAAAUGGUGCCAAGUGCACAGAUGGGCCCAACAAGUACACAUGUGAAUGCACGGAAGGAUACUCAGGAAUACAUUGUGAGACGGACAUCAAUGAGUGUUACUCAAGCCCUUGUCACUAUGGGACUUGCAUUGACGGCUUGGCCUCCUUCAGUUGCCUUUGUAAACCUGGCUAUACAGGACGUCUAUGUGAAACUAACAUCAAUGAGUGUUUAAGCCAACCCUGCCGGAAUGGAGGCAUUUGCCAGGACAGAGAAAACUCUUACAUCUGCAACUGUCCCAAAGGCACUACUGGAAUCAAUUGUGAAAUCAACAUUGAUGAUUGCAAAAGCAAUCCAUGUGACUAUGGAACCUGCCUGGACAAAAUCAAUGGCUAUGAAUGUGCUUGUGAGCCUGGUUACACUGGCACAAUGUGUAACAUUAACAUAGAUGAGUGUGCCAUCAACCCUUGCCACAAUGGCGGCACUUGCAUUGAUGGUAUCAAUGGCUUCACCUGUGUGUGUCCUGAGGGGUACCAUGACACUACCUGCUUCUCCCAAGUCAACGAGUGCCUCAGUAGUCCUUGUAUUCAUGGUCACUGUGAAGAUAAAAUCAAUGGAUACAAUUGUGUUUGUGACUCUGGUUGGAUUGGCAAAAACUGUGACAUAAACAAUAAUGAGUGUGAAUCUAACCCAUGCAUGAAUGGAGGCACAUGUAAGGACAUGAUCAGUGGAUACAUCUGCAGCUGUCGGGUGGGCUUCACAGGACCAAACUGCAAGACUAAUAUCAACGAAUGUGCCUCCAACCCUUGUCUCAACCAAGGGACCUGCAUUGAUGAUGUUGCUGGAUAUAAAUGCGUCUGUUCCUUACCUUACACUGGAGAGAACUGUGAAACAUUAAUGGCACCAUGUAGUUCCAAACCCUGUCGUCAUGGCGGCGUGUGUCAGGAAUCAGAGGACUAUCAGAGCUUCUCCUGCGUUUGUCCUGAAGGAUGGCAAGGUCAAACCUGUGAUGUGGAUAUCAAAGAAUGUGUAAAGAAUCCUUGUCGCAAUGGAGCCACUUGUCAGAACACUUUAGGCAGUUAUCGAUGUAACUGCAAACCAGGUUUCAGUGGACGAAACUGUGAAACGGACAUUGAUGAUUGCAAACCAAAUCCUUGUAGCAAUGGUGGAGUCUGUAAGGACGAGGUGAAUGGCUUUUUGUGCACCUGCCAGCCUGGUUUUCGGGGGACCAAAUGUGAGGAGGACAUAAAUGAGUGCGAGAGUAACCCAUGUAAAAAUGGAGCAAACUGCACCGACUGCGUGAACAGUUACACCUGCACAUGUCCGUCUGGCUUCAGUGGAAUUCAUUGUGAAAUCAACACUCCAGACUGUACAGAGAGCUCCUGUUUGAAUGGUGGGACAUGUGUAGAUGGUAUUAACGCCUUUACAUGUGUCUGCCCCCCGGGUUUCACUGGUAACUACUGCCAGCAUGAUAUCAAUGAGUGUGACUCUAAGCCUUGCAUGAAUGGAGGCACAUGUCAUGACAGCUAUGGCACCUACAAGUGUACCUGUCCACAUGGAUACACUGGACUUAACUGUCAGGAUUUGGUCCGCUGGUGUGAAUUUUCACCCUGUAAAAAUGGAGGGACUUGUUGGCACAGGGGCACCACAUACAGCUGCCAAUGUGCAACAGGCUGGAGUGGGCAGUACUGUGAUGUCCCAAGUGUUUCGUGUGAAGUAGCAGCUCAACAAAGAGGGGUGGAUGUUUCUCAGUUGUGUCGCAACUCUGGCCAGUGUCUGGAUGCAGGAAAUGUCCAUUAUUGUCACUGUCAGUUGGGAUACACUGGGAGUUACUGUGAGGAGCAGGUGGAUGAAUGUAACCCGAACCCCUGUCAGAAUGGAGCCACCUGCACUGACUUUUUGGGUGGAUACUCAUGCAAGUGCAUGCCAGGCUUUGUGGGGACCAACUGUUCUGAUGAGAUCAAUGAAUGCUUCUCCCAGCCAUGCCAGAACGGGGGCACCUGCAUUGACCUGAUCAAUACCUACAAAUGCUCCUGUCCCCGGGGAACCCAAGGUGUUCAUUGUGAGAUCAACAUUGAUGACUGUAACCCAUUUAUUGACAUUGUAACCAAAGAGCCUAAGUGUUUUAACAAAGGCAAAUGUGUGGAUCGAGUUGGGGGGUACCACUGCGUAUGCCCUUCUGGAUACGUGGGGGAGCGCUGUGAAGGAGACGUGAACGAGUGUCUGUCUAACCCAUGUGACCCACGAGGCACACACAGCUGUAUCCAACUGACCAACAACUACCGCUGUGAGUGUCGCACCGGAUACACAGGUCGACAUUGUGACGUAAUAUUUGAUGGCUGUAAAGGGAAACCUUGUCGCAAUGGGGGUACCUGUGCUGUUGCUAGUAAUACACCAUAUGGAUUUAUCUGCAAAUGCCCUCCUGGAUUUUCAGGUUCUACGUGUGAAUAUGAUGCUCAGGCCUGUGGCACGCUUCAUUGCCACAAUGGAGGCACUUGUAUCUCAGGCCACAAAAGUCCAAAAUGUCUGUGCACUCCGUCUUUCACUGGGCCUGAAUGCAAAUUUCCUGCUAACAGCCCCUGCACUUCAAACCCAUGCUACAAUGGUGGUACAUGUGAGAACACUUCUGAGGCUCCAUUCUACCACUGUGUCUGCCCCACUAACUUUGUUGGUCAGCGCUGUCACAUUUUGGACCAUGGUUUGCAAGAAGUGUGUGGGAUACCUGAGUGUGAAGACCUAAAACACAAUAAGAUUUGUGAUGUGGUGUGUAACAACCAUGCGUGUGGAUGGGACAAUGGAGACUGCUCUCUUAACUUUGACGACCCCUGGAAAAACUGCUCUGCCUCCCUUCAGUGCUGGCGCUACUUUAAUAAUGGCAAAUGUGAUGCACAAUGUGACAACGCUGGAUGUCUGUAUGAUGGCUUUGACUGUCAGAACCUAGAGGGCCAGUGCAACCCCCUAUAUGACCAAUACUGCAGAGACCAUUAUGCUGAUGGCCAUUGCGAUCAAGGCUGCAAUAAUGCUGAGUGUGGAUGGGACGGUCUGGACUGUGCUCAUAUGCCCGAGAAGCUUGCUGUGGGGCAGUUGGUACUAGUUGUUCACAUUGUGCCUGAGCAGCUUCUUAACAAUUCCUUCGGCUUUCUGCGCGAGCUGAGCCUGGUGCUUCGUACUAAUGUUUUAAUCAGAAGAGACUCAAAGGGACAGAUGAUGGUGUACCCCUACUAUGGUAAUCAACAUGAGCUGAAGAAGUACAAUGUUAAGCGCUCAGUAGAUGCAUGGUCAGAUGUUCCUGCUAAAGUGCUAAACAUUGUGAAGAGGAGUCUGUUUGAUUCACCAAAAGAACAUGCACUGGCCAAACGGGAAUUGGAUCCUUUGCAAAUUAAAGGUUCCAUUGUUCAUCUAGAGGUGGAUAAUCGUCAGUGCUUCCAGCAAUCCACAGAGUGCUUUCAGAGCACCAAUGAGGCUGCAGCUUUCCUGGGAGCAUUGAAAUCCAGUGACAAACUGGAUGUCCCCUAUACCAUCGAAGCUGUUUACAGUGGUGUGGACCCCCAACCGCCCCAGGACUUCUACGUGAUCUACUUGGUUCUUGCUGGGGUUGGGUUAUUGGCCUUCCUUGGCGUGGGAAUGGUGGCUGCCCGAAAGCGGAGGCAUGAGCAUGGGCGCUUGUGGUUACCGGAGGGCUUCAAAACAACGGAACCAAGUAAAAAGAAAAGACGGGAACCAGUCGGAGAAGAUUCUGUGGGAUUAAAGCCACUGAAAAAUACAUCAGAUAUAUCCCUCAUGGAUGAUGCGCAAAAUGAUUGGGGCGAAGAUGAGUCAUCAGAUGUAAAACGCUUUAAGCAUUUUGAUGAACAUGCCAUCCUAGACACAGAUGAUCAGACAGACCACCGUCAGUGGACCCAACAGCACCUAGAUGCUGCAGAUCUGCGUAUCCCGUCUAUUGCCCCAACACCUCCUCAGGGCGAGAUCGAGAACGACUGCAUGGAUGUCAAUGUCAGGGGACCAGAUGGAUUCACUCCCCUGAUGAUUGCAUCCUGUAGUGGUGGAGGUUUGGAAACGGGCAACAGUGAAGAAGAGGAAGAUGCUUCUGCCAAUGUUAUCAAUGACUUCAUUUAUCAGGGUGCCAACUUACAUAACCAGACCGACCGUACGGGAGAAACAGCGCUUCACUUAGCUGCUCGCUAUGCCCGCUCUGAUGCUGCCAAGCGGCUUUUGGAGGCCAGUGCAGAUGCCAACAUUCAGGACAAUAUGGGCCGCACACCUCUGCAUGCUGCUGUGGCUGCAGACGCACAGGGGGUCUUCCAGAUUUUGAUAAGAAACCGUGCCACAGAUCUUGACGCACGUAUGCAUGAUGGAACUACUCCUUUGAUCUUAGCCGCUCGACUAGCAGUGGAGGGCAUGGUGGAGGAGCUGAUUAACUGUCAUGCUGAUGUGAAUGCUAUUGAUGACUUUGGAAAAUCUGCUCUACACUGGGCUGCAGCUGUGAACAAUGUUGAGGCUGCAAUAGUUCUACUUAAAAAUGGAGCCAACAAGGACAUGCAAAACAAUAAGGAGGAAACACCUCUUUUCUUGGCUGCAAGAGAAGGAAGCUAUGAAACUGCAAAAGUAUUACUGGACCACUUUGCAAACAGGGAAAUUACAGACCACAUGGACCGGUUACCCAGAGACAUUGCUCAAGAAAGAAUGCAUCAUGAUAUUGUGCGACUGAUGGAUGAGUACAAUCUGGUACGUAGCCCUCAGAUGCAUGCAGGGUCUUUAAGCACCACCCUGUCACCCCCUUUGUGUUCUCCAAAUGGUUACUUGGGAAGUAUGAAGCAACCCCCACCCCAAGGCGCCUGCCUUGGAAAAAAGGCACGGAAACCCAGUACUAAAGGAAUUGGCUGCAAAGAAGGUAAAGAAAUUAAGGUGAAAAAGAAGAAUUCACAAGAUGGGAAGUCAGGUAGCCUCCUGGAUAGCUCUGCUGUUUUGUCUCCAGUUGACUCACUUGAGUCCCCUCAUGGCUAUGUGUCUGAUGUAGCCUCUCCUCCAAUGAUGACAUCACCUUUUCAGCAGUCUCCCUCUGUAUCUCUCAACCACUUGCAGGGCAUGUCUGACCCUCAUCUUGCUGUAAACCAUAUGGUCCUACCCAGCAAGCAAGACCUGGCCAGAAUGCAGUUCGACCCACUUCCUCCACGACUCACACAUUUGCCUGUAUCUGGCUCCACUGGUCAGGCAACGAUGAAUGGGCAGUGCGAUUGGCUUUCCAGAAUGCAUGGCACCAUGAACCAGCCUGCCCAAUUCAACCCUAUCAGAGGAGGCCCUGCUGGUCAGGGGGGAUUACAUCAAGGAGGGCAACAUGGGUUAAUGGCCUCCCAUCACAACAACCAUGCCACCGCCAGCCUGUCUCAAAUGAUAAGUUACCAGGGGAUCCCCAAUGGCCGCUUAGCACCACCACCCCACAUGAUGCAACAGCAAGCUCAACAAAUCCAACAGAUGCAAAACCUACAACAAAUACAGCAACAGCAACAGAGCAUCCAGCUUCAGCACCAGAGCUCAAAUACAGGCAACAGCCAGAACUUCAUGAAUGGUGAACUCAGCUCCCCUGAACUUCAGCAAGGCACUGGAACCACCAGCAUUCCCAUUCACACAAUCCUACCACAGGACACUCAAAUUAGACCCACUUCUAUGAACCAGUCAAUACCCAGUACCCAGUUCCUCACUCCACCUUCACAGCACAGUUACUCCAGCCCGUUGGACAACACCCCAAACCACCAGGUCCAAGUGCCUGACCAUCCCUUUCUGACCCCCUCUCCUGGAUCUCCUGACCAAUGGUCAAGCUCCUCUCCACAUUCCAAUAUGUCAGAUUGGUCAGAAGGUAUUUCAAGUCCACCUACAAGUCUUCCAUCUCAGAUUGCACCUACAAGGACAGUUUAAAUAAAAAUUUUCCCAAUUUACUUAAAACAAAAAUGUGGCCAGGUUGUAUGUAUGUAGUGCAUUUCUGUGUACACCUAUGUAAUUGACAUCAGCAAAUUUGUUGAGUUUCAUUUAUUCUUUUUAUUAUUUAUUGUUAAUGUUGUUUUAUUUAUAUUCUUUCUUGCUUGCAGAAAUUUUGAGUGCCAGUGAUUUUUAUGUUCAGGAAGUCAUAAAAGAUGGCGUAUUUCUUUAGUAGCCCGCUUAAGUUUUCUACUGCAAAGACACAGAAUACACUGGGUAUUUAUUUUUUUCUGGGCAUCUGUUGUCUCAUUUUGUAAACUUUAAUGUUUAGUUAACACAAUAAAGGUGAUUAUAUUUUUUGCUUGUGAAAUAAGAUGAUGAUAAGUCAAAUCUAUCUGGACAUUUUUGUAUGUAGGGCAGUUUUUUGAUAAAAGUUUGUUACAUUAUUCAAAUGUGCCUCUGAAAUUGGCAUACAUUAUGUGUGUGUGCACUUUCUUUUUGUGGAGUUGUGGUGGAGAUGUAUAAUGUUGUACAGUGUACAGCUGUUAUCAGAAAAAAAGCAGUGACAGGAUUUAAAAGUUUUGUGUUAUUCCUGUGGUGUAGAUCAUGGCCUAUUGGCCACAAUGUACCUGUUUUUCUGAGGGAAAAUGAAAUACUACAGUUGCAUUCUUCUACUUGUUUGAGCCUAUGGCUGUUUUCAUGUAUAUAUGUUACAAAAUGUACAUGUAUUGAAGAUUUUGUUCAAGAAAUCUUAAAUGUCUUAAACAUGUGAUUUGGAUUGAUAUGGCUCCAGACCCCAUACAGAACAGAUUAGAUCACUUUACUUUUGACUAUUUUGCAUAAAAUUGUAGAAAAACAAAAAUUGUAUUAUUAUAAAAAUAAAAUAAAGAAUUUUUGGCAACUGCAUGCUGUGAACUACAGGCACUGACAUUGUUAAAUGCGUGCAUUUAAAAUUUAUUUCUCAUAUAAUAAAGAUUUAAUGUACAAUUGUAUUUUUUACCAAGGAACAAAUAUAUAUCAUUUUCAUUCAGUAGUGUUUCUUGUAAAAAUCAAAUAAAUGUAUGUUUUCGGUUCAUGACGUCGGUCUAUUUCUCAAUAAAA